GGCGUACAGAGCAACAGAAAGCAACACUAGAAAAUGGAGAAACAAAAAUCAUUAUGUUGGAUCGUGCUUUUGUUUUUCUGUUGGAAUUUUUGGGAAGCCAGUGCUGAUCAAUGUCCAGUAACAGAAACAAAUGAUGCAUUUGAAGAGAUCGGUGAAUAUAAAGAAAAUGCAGACGUACAUUUCAGUUAUCGACUGACUGACGAAAUCAGAAAAAAUUCUCAAGACUUUCUCAUUGAAAUAAAGUUGUGUAAGUCAGACAGUCUGUACACUGCCUGCAAGUGCCAGUGGUUGUCUAAUACUUAUCCUGUAUGUAAAAGUUUUCGUACUGAAUAUAUUUGUGAGGGUGACAACACUACAAUGCGUUUCUCGAUGCUCAUCAAAAGAACAUACACAAUGGUCAAGUGGGUCUUUUUUAAACAAAUGUCAUCGCCAGUUGUUCUGAAACACACUACUUUACAUGUGACAUACCCAGCAAAAAUUACAAGUUUGCUCGUGAACGGAGAGGAGAGUAACAGGACACACCUCGUUGACCAAAACACGGUGGUUAACAUUUCUUGCUUCUUUACUAGUGGAAACCCUCCUGUCAGCAUUCGUAUGGUGAACGACUCUGGUCAUGUUGUGACGGUGAAGCACGAACAGGGUCCUCUGAUGAUGUCCCUAGGAGUGGUCCACUGCCACGAUGUGUGGCCAACCAUCCGGUGUGAGGCGUGGGGAUCGGAACUCAACAGAUCUGUGACCAUUCUUGUCAAAUGUAGACCUCAGCUUUCCUUUAUAACUGCUGAAGUCCCAGACGUGAAAAGAGUUUUAGAGGGAGGUAUGACAUUUGCAAUGAAGUCCUAUACAAGUGACAUCAGCAGAUGUCUGGUGAACCAGGAGCAGCCCAGAACUACUAUGAGAGAAGUAAAAUGCCAAAUAAUCGGACAUGCCCCAAACUUCACACUGACCCUCGACUUUGUUAACAAUUCCGGGAUUGGAGAAGGGACCUGGACACUGCACGUUACAAGCGAGGACUGGAAUUCUAGCAUUACCUUCCUGAUUAACAACAAUACAGGAAAGAGUGAGUCUACUACUUAUUAAAUAUCUUUAUCUUCUUUCUGCAAUUAUUUUGCUAUUUCUCUCAUCCAACAUUGAAAGAGUUAGUACUUUACUUCCAAAGGGUUUUUAGAGACUUUUUUAAAAAAUCACUCUGAAGGACUUAGAAGCAAGUUAUGUUUUGAUUGUGUGUCUAAAAGAAGACAACAGUACUCUUUUAUUUUAAAAAAAUGUGCUAUUGACCAAUCAAAAAAAAAAAAAAGAGUAAAGCUGUCCCACUGUCACUCUUGUGGAAAGUCGCGUUUAUGGAUCGUAGUACGGAACUUAUCCAUCGCCGCCAGUUAACAUUUUUUUCCACCUUUCACCGUAACACUUUGUUCUUCAUGAAGAGUGAGCACUACUAUUCAUGUCUAACUGGGGAUCUUUGUCAGACUAACGACAAGGUAAGUAAACAAACCUUUUUCUCGAUUCUUUUUUCUUCUUAGACACGAAACCUUUAUUCCCGAUACUUUUUUAUGCUUGUCUGUAUUAGUCAGUCUUUGUUUUUUUAUUCUAAAAUGAUUACUAACGUGAAAAUCUAUUUUUUACACUGACAAAGGAGGGUUUGGCAGCAGCAGAUGACACAUCUACAAACUCAUAUGAAAACAAAUAAAAUUUAAUGUUUUAAUGAGGUGACUUUAGUGAGUGGUCAGGUUUCAUCAGGGCACUGAGUGAAGAGGGCAUCCCGAUGAAGCUCAAUAUGGACGCUGACACCAAGGAUGUCACCAUGACAACACAAAGAGGGGCUGAGUGUAAGGCUUGAUGACAAAGAUAUGUAUCUGACAAAAAUGUGCAAAGGGAGUUAACUGCAGUGUCAAACUAACGAUUGCAUUAACGAUUGUUUCCCUUUUAUCUCCAUUAGAUGAAAAUUUGCCGCAAGACGCUUCUUUAGCUGCUGAUUACUUCCAUUCUUCAAUGAAAUUCUACUUUCACGUCUUCUUCUGUCCUUAUAUUUUCAUUUUUCUUUUAUCGUCCUUUUUUAUUUGUUUGGUGUCACUGAUUUUUUUUUUCUAUUUUCUCCAUUUCCCCCCCAUUUUCCCCUGACAAAUAGUGGUAAGUCGGUGGUUUUACCUAGCUACAGCAAACUGAGGAGAGCUCUCAGUCGCUUUGAUCUCAUCUGCUUACAUACUAGUGCUAGCUUGUCUUUCUAUAGCUUUUUUCAAGUCUCUGUGCUUUUUUAAUGUGUACAACUCAAAUUUUAGUGGUAACUAUAUUGCUUUAAUUUUUAAAAUUUUACAUUAAUUUCACCUCUUAUGCAAAAAUAUAAAUGUUUUUUACUAUGUCUUCUUGACAUUAGAAAUGAAAAGAUGUUUCCUCUUUUUAAAAGAAUAGUUCUCUCCUGAUUGUGUUUGGGAAUGCCCGUUUGUGUGUCUGAAUGCUUUUCGGUGUAUAUGUGUGCGUGUGUGUGACCCUAAACCAAAAGAAGAACAAAACUAACAUAUCUGUUGCUUUGUUUUAAUUUUGCAGGCCUGCAGUCUUUGGACUUGAUGGUGUCCAGAUCCCGGGAUAUAAAGAUGUUAAAUGGUCAAAUGAUUUGACAUGAUAGAGAGCUUUUUGAAUGUUCCUGUUAAAUAAAAACUUCAUAAAUGCUACGUACAGACUUUAUUUCAGUCUUUGAAAUUUUAGUUACUCUUAUAUAAUACAGCCUAUUAUCUAUUGUUUUAUUUGCUAAAAUUUAAAAAAAAUGACACAUUUUUUUUAGAUAUAAAGUAUGCUCAAACAAAAAUUUCACUGAAAUCCUAAAAAAUUCAUCAAAACAUUAAAAAUUAUGUUUAAUAUGUACGGAUAUAUCAGUGUUCAAGUAUCGACAUAAGAAAAAUUACUUGUUAUAAAAUUAACUUAUCAUAAGGAUUUAUCAAAGACAAAAUCUGACAUAUCUGAGCAAUCAGACAUUUCCUGAUGUCUCUUGUAUAGGAUUUCAUUGCAAAUGUCAGACCUUCAGUUAAAAUGUUGUGCACAAAAUAAAACAGUUGUCCUGUGCACAGGCGCAAUACACAAUAACUACAAAGAAUACUCGCGCAGCGGGGUCACGAGUUCACACGCUGUUGAGGUGAAGCGGGUCCACGGUGGCUGGUUGACACAAUGGCGGAUGAGACGUCAACGACGAAGAACACGUAGAAUAUGUCGAAUACGGAGGAGAUGCAAAUCAUGGAGAACAAGCAGAACAGGUAGAACAAGUAGAAACGAACGAAACAGAUAAAUGGAACCAAAUGGAAGCCUGUAGAAAGAAAAAA